UCUUCAAAGGUUAUUAAAAAAACUUUUAUUAAAAAAAUGGAGUUUAAAAAGAGUUUAAUUGUGGCAAUUUUAUCUUCCUAUUUCAUCGUUUUGUCAUUUGCUGGAAGAAUAACAUAUGAUAAAUGUUUAUCUCACAAUGACUGUCCAAAAGGAUUUUGUUGUGCUUACACUCAUCGUAUUUCACAAACAAAUGGGUUUUGUUUAAAAAAUAAAGAAAUUGGAGAGACUUGUUCCAUUAGUUUUUUGGAAGACGAAGUUUUUACAUGCGGCUGUGAUUACGGACUUACUUGUACUAUCCCUUCACCGGAUUUCAAAACAAAAAGAAAUAAGAGUUCACUUGCAGAACCAAAGAAAUAUAGAUGUAUGCGAAUUCCUGAGGAAACUAAAGAAGAAAUUGAAACAAAUAGAAAUGUUUGAAAAUUUUCUCAGGCACAAGUUGAUCGGAAUUUCAUGCAAUUAAUAGAAACUUUUUGUUUAGAAAAGACAUUUUUAUUAUUGUUUGUAAUAUUAUAUAUUCUGAACUGUUAUUUAUUAUAAAAAAUACACAAAAUAUCCUUUUAUUUAUGUCUUCAAGUUCUUUUUGUUUAUAUAUUUGAGUGACUUUAGAGCUACUUAAAUACGACAAUAUGGUUUUAUUGUCAAUAAACUUUUUUUCUUCA